GGCAUCAUCACGAUCGGUUUCGGGCUGCUCACCCUGCUCUUCCUAACCGCCUCGCCCGACACCGCGUCCUGGCUGAGCGAGCGCGAGCGGCAGAUCGUCGUCCUCACGAACGAGGCGGACCGCGCGCUGAAGGCACACGAGGGCUUCUCGCGUGCGCAGAUCACGAGCGCGUUCACGGACCCGCGGACGUACCUCUGGGGGCUCGCGUACUUUGCGAACUACAUCCCCGUGUACAGCGUCGUGCUCAGCCUGCCGACGGUCGUCGCCGGACUCGGGCACACCGGCACGGGCGCGACGGUCAUGGCCGUGUGGCCGUACUUUGUCGGCUUCGCGCUCGUCCUCGGUGCCGGCUGGACGACGGACCGCUGGGGCGCCCGCUUCGUGCACUACGCCGUGCCCAUCGGCGUCGUCAUGGUCGCGCUCGUCGUGCUCAUCGCCGAGACGGACGACACGGUGCGCUACGGGAUGUUCUUCCUCGUCAUGUUCAUGUUUGUCCCGAUCUCGACGAUGUGGUCGUGGCUCGCGCAGAACGUCGCAGGCUCGAACAAGCGCGCGGCCGCGACGGGCCUCGUCUUCUCGAUGGGCAACCUCGGCGGCAUCGCCUCGGGCUGGAUCUACAGCGCCGAGUGGGCGCCGCGCUUCGUCCCCGGGCACGCGAUCAACCUGGCGUGCUACGCGGUCGCGCUCGUCGCCGGCGCGUGCCUCUGGUGGAGCUACCGCCGCGACAACCGGCUCCGCGACCGCGCCGAGGGCAUCGAGCGCGGUGUCAGUGUGUAUCAGCGCAGGAAGGGCCUCCUCGGCGAGGAUCUUGGAGACUUGGGCGAUAAGUGA